AUGUGCAAAGCAAUGAGGAAGUGGGAGGAGCUGCCAACGUUCGACUCACCAGUAGAGGAUGAUGGGUCGAAGAGGCCUCUUAUGAACGGAGCUUUCGCCCCACGCGGGUCAUUGCGCUACGAAAUGACAUUGCGGGCUGUUGGUCUGUGCCGCCCAGGUGACUACGGCAGUGAUGUCUCGCAUCUUAACCUACACAAGACGUUCUGUAUUCCACACGGUGGUGGUGGACCAGGAAUCGGUCCCAUAGGCGUGUGA